AUGAGCGGCGCCAGCGAGGCUGCCGUUCUCUUGCCUCUGGUCCUCGCCUUUCUGGGCAUCGCAUCAGCCUCCUCCCAUAGGCAGCGUUUUGAGGACUUCCCGCCGCGCAUCGUGGAGCAGCCCAGCGAUGUGAUCGUGUCCAAGGGGGAGCCGGCCACUCUCAACUGCCGAGCCGAGGGCCGCCCCGCACCCAUCGUGGAGUGGUACAAGGACGGCGAGCGGGUCCGCACGGCGCCAGAGGAUCCCCGAUCACACCGAAUGCUGCUGCCAAGCGGAGCGCUCUUCUUCCUCCGGAUAACCCACGCCCGACGCUCCAAACCUGACGAGGGCGUCUAUGUGUGUGUGGCACGCAACCAUCUGGGCCAGGCUUUCAGCCGCAACGCGUCCCUGGAGGUGGCAGUCCUGCGUGAUGAUUUCCGCCAGGCCCCCAGUGACGUGGUGGUGGCGGCGGGGGAGCCUGCCGUGCUGGAGUGUGUGCCCCCUAGAGGCCAUCCGGAGCCCACCAUCUCCUGGAAGAGGAACAAUGUGCGCCUCAGCAGCAAGGACGGACGUGUCGCCAUGCGUGGUGGCAGACUGAUGAUCUCACACACCCGUAAGAGCGACGCUGGCAUGUACGUGUGUGUGGGCUCCAACAUGGUGGGCGAGAGAGACAGCGACCCUGCGGAACUCGUCGUAUUUGAGCGUCCGGUGUUCAUGAGGCGACCUGUGAAUCAGAUCGUGCUGGCAGAUGACAAUGUGGACUUCUUGUGUGAGGUGCAUGGAGACCCCGCCCCCACUAUCCGCUGGAGGCGGGACCAUGGAGAGCUGCCCAGAGAGAGGUUUGAGAUCCGUGGUGACAGUACUCUGCGUCUGCUGCGAGUGCGUCAGGAGGACGAGGGGACGUACACGUGUGUCACGGAGAACAGCGUGGGCAAGACAGAGGCCUCCGCCACACUGCACGUCCACGGUCCACCCCAGAUUGACAUCCAGCCCAAAAGCCAGAAGGCCACGCAGGGUCAGACGGUCACCUUCCACUGCGGUACCACGGGGAACCCCCAACCAGCCGUCUUCUGGCAGAAAGAGGGGAGCCAGGUGUUGCUGUUUCCAGGGCAGCCCCCGUCCCAGUACGGUCGCUACACUGUGUCCAUGAGCGGAGAGCUGCGCCUGACGGACAUCCACCAUGACGACGCCGGACACUACAUCUGCCAGGCCAUCAGCGUAGCCGGCAGCGCACUCGCCAAAGCACACCUGGAGGUGGAGAGCGACCAAUCAGAUCAUUUCCCACCCAUCAUCCGUCAGGGCCCAGCCAAUCAGACGCUGCCACUGGGUUCCACUGUCUUGCUGCCAUGCCAGGUGAUUGGCCAGCCGCUACCCAGCAUCCACUGGGAGAGAGAGGGGCAGCCAAUCCAGGCGGAGGGCCGGGCCAUCCUGAUGGAGAACGGCACCCUGCAGAUCACGGACCUCAAGGCGACUGACUCGGGGACCUACAUGUGUAUUGCCAGCAGCCCUGCCGGAGAGUCCAGCUGGAGUGGAGCACUGACUGUCAGAGCGAACGGUGCGAGCGGUGUGCCCCCCCCUCCGCGCCACUCGGACUCCAUCCAGCUGCCGGGCCCCCCCCAGAAGCCCCUGGUGACGGCCGUCACCGAGCGCAGCGUGACACUCACCUGGCAGCCCAACCCCCACGAGGGAGGCGCCGCCGUGACGUCAUACGUCAUCGAGGCCUUCAGCCAAUCGGAGGGCAGUGUGUGGCAGACGGUGGCGGACCUGGUUCAGCAGGAGAGGCACGUGGUGGGGGGGCUGAACCCCAACACCGUCUACCUGUUCAUCGUCCGAGCCCUCAACUCGUACGGCCUCAGCGACCCAAGCCCCAUCUCAGAACCUGUGCGCACACAUGAUGGGGACCCCACAGAGGAGGAUGCUGGGAUACGUCGUCUGCAGACGGACCUCCGAGAUGCCACAGUGUUCCUGAACCCCCCCACCAUCCUCGGCCCCAACAGCAUACACAUCACAUGGACCCUGGAGGGCUACCCUGAGUCUGUGCAGGGCUACCGCCUGCUGUACCGCCCACGUGGCAGCGCCUGGUUGGUCCAGGACCUGGAGGCGGGGCCGGACCUUAGACACACCCUCUCCAAGCUGCGCAGAGGCACCGAGUAUGACAUCAAGCUCCGGCCCUUCUUCACCCACAGACAGGGGGCCGACAGCCAGCUGGUCACCGUGCGUACGCCUGAAGAAGUGCUGAGCAACCCUCCUCAGAAUGUGCGAGUGACGGAGCUGGCCAACAGCUCGCAAGUCCAGGUGUCCUGGGAACCCCCCGCCACACCUCACAAUGGAGUCAUCCAACAAUACCAGAUCUGGUGUGUGAGUAACGAUAGUCAGGUGCAGGUGAACAGGAGUGUGGAGGCGUCCGUGCUCUCCUGUCUCCUAGAGGGGCUGCUGCCCCACUCCCUCUACCUGGUGCAGGUGGCAGCCAUCACCACCGGGGGCGCAGGGCCACGCAGCGAACCCGUCACCAUAUUCUAUACCCCUGUGUUAUGUCAUAGCAGUGUAGUACUUGAUGACGUCAUCAGUCUGUCGGAGCAGAUCCGGGGGGUGGUGGGGCGCCCGGCGUUCAUCGCGGGGCUGGGCGGGGCUCUGUGGAUGGCCCUCAUGACGGCCAGUGCCUGGGUCUACUGCAGACACCGGCGCAGGAAACAGCUGGGGCACUACACCACCUCCUUCUCAUACACACCUGCGGGGAUGAUGGGCUAUGCCAACAGUGAUGGGAUCAUCAGUGGAAGGCCGGACAUGUUGGGUUCUGACCUGGCUGACUACCCCUGGCUGGCGGACGCCCCCUCCUGGCCACAUGCGAACCUCACCCACACCAGCCAGGACUCAACUCACACCAACGCCAACUACUGCACUGCCAAGCAGACGGACUCCACUGACAGAUACUACAACACCGUGGGCAUCUCUAAGUACCUGAGCCACUCGGAGAAGUUCAGCCCGUCCUCCGGCGACGGCCCCAUCUACAGCACCAUCAACCCCCACCAUCGCCAUGACGACCGAGAAGGCGACGAGGAGGAGGAGGAAGAUCUGCCCGACUACACUUCCCAAUACUCCCAGUACUCCCAGCGCUCCAAGUGCUCCCAGAAGUCCAGGUCGCAGUAUUCCCAUCACUCCAGCCCCGCUCCCCCUCCGCGUCGCCAUCCCGCUCCUGCUGGUGGUGGUGGUGGUGUCCAUGCGGGGGCGCUGCUGUCCAAGGCGGAUCUCUACAGCCUGGAGAGGGACCUGUGCUCCUGGAGCCUUCAGUCCGGCCACAGCACCGGCACCGGCACCGGCACCGGCACGGCCGAGUAUGCCAAAGUGCACACCGGGAAUCACGCUCAGCAUAUGGAGUCCUUGUGCAAGUCGAGCGGCUCACUGGACUGGGCAGAUGUCCUGGACCUGACCUCUCACUCAACGACGAGGGAACACACACACUCACACUCACACUCACACUCUGAGACCAACAGAGACCAACAGAGGUCAGAACAUGGAUAA